UUGGCAGUAGCAGCAAUUCCGGAAGGUCUUCCAAUCGUUGUAGCAGUUACGCUGGCAAUCGGAGUAAUCCGAAUGGCAGCUCGUCAAGCGGUUGUAAAAAAGCUACCAGCAGUUGAGACGCUUGGCUGUGUAACAGUGAUAUGCUCAGAUAAAACGGGUACAUUAACGAAGAAUGAAAUGACUGCUGUUGUUGUGGUGGCUGCUGAUGGACAAACUGCCGAU